AACCAUUGUUCCCGCUUGAAAAAGGCUUUGGAGGGGGGGUGGAAUAGAAUCCAACCGGACCAGCGUUAAGAGCGCUAGCUUCGGAGCUAGCGGGACUAGUCGGGCUGCCGUUGCCGUGAUCAGGUCCGCGUCUGCGGCGUAGCCGGGGAACGUCACGCCGCGGGAAUGACUAGCGCCGACGCGACGCCGAGACGCCGAUUGUUGUUGUCGUUUUAGUCAAGUCAGCGGAUAAAGACGGCUUGCUUUUUUUUUUUUGCUGUGUCCUCCAGAGUUGUUGUUGUUGUCGUAAAUUCGGGUCCGACCGAAGAAUUUGCACACAGUCGAGCUCCUUGAGGCAGGGGCCUAGUUUUGGAGACGCUGGUCGCUUCGGCGUCAACUUUCCUCCGCGGAUAGACCCGCGCGCGUUCCAGCGAAAGUGUGGAUGUGUUGUAAUUGCGGAGAGGUCGGGGACCCUCGCCGCCGAGUUCCCGUUUCAACCACCAAAACCCCCCCCAGCGAUUUUAGUUUUUUUUUUUUUAAAAAAAACGUCAAUCCUGACUCGUUUGCCGCUCCGUGCUUCGGAGGUGCAAUAAAUCUAUGCAAAUUGGCGAGAUGUUCUCGGUAGAGACGUCGGUGUCCUUUCGGACGAGGCUUUUUUGAGGAGGACUACCUGUCGGGUCCCCACACCCCCACCCCCCUACCCGCUGACCUCGACCGUCACACGCAAUCAAUUGCAUAACGGAUGGUGACAUUGCUUACUUUAUUAAUGGUCGGCGUAUACUGUUUCAUUCCGUCUCCGGCGAGCCCAUACUGAAAGCGCAUAAUGUUGCUUUAAUGCGCUUCAGCGCAAGUUCCUGUAGCUUGUUUAUUUAGGCCUUUUCUCGCCGACAGACGCUAUAUAUAUAUUUUGCUUAACUGCUUCCUGGGAUCUUUAUCUGACAGGAAUCUCACUUCUUUUCUUUUUUUUUCACAAGUUAUUUUUACAGCUGAUUGAAUUGUGCCCCCCCCCCACACCAUCUAGUUAGCACAUUUUUCAUGUCAAGGAUUCCGGAGUGGAUGUUUUCACGAACGCACACGCUCGUCCUGCUCGAUGUUACAGGGGACGCAGCUUUCCCCAUCGCUCCUCUGAUAGACUCUCUACUAUAAAAGGACGUUGUGACGGGACGCUAAUCCCCGGGAGUCGCCGCUUCGGGAUUUAAUCGAGAGAAGAAGAAGAAGGAAAAAAAAGGAUUUGUCAUUGGAUCGAAAAUGGGAUCAGCGACCAAACUGGCAUUCAGCGUUUUCCUCAUCUCUUGUUCCUCAGGCGCCAUCUUGGGCCGCUCAGAGACACAAGAGUGCGUCCUCUACAACUACAACCCCUUGGGGUCAGAGAACCGGGGAAACCGCAGCACCAUCGAGAUGUGUACGGGGGAUAAGGACAAGAGGCUCCACUGCUUCGCCACCUGGAGGAAUGUGUCGGGCACGGUGGAGGUCGUCAAGCAAGGCUGUUGGCUGGAUGACGUCAACUGUUAUGACAGGAACGAAUGUGUGGAGAAGAAAGAUGCACCAGAAGUAUUCUUCUGCUGUUGUGAGGGCAGCAUGUGUAACGAGAAGUUCUUCUACAAUCCGGACGCACAAGUCAAACUUCCAACCACUUCUAACCCGGUGACCCAGAAGCCCCCAGUGGUGACAACCCUGAUGUACUCACUGGUUCCCAUCAUGGGCAUUACAGCCAUCAUCCUGUUCUCUUUCUGGAUGUAUCGCCACCACAAGCGGACAUACCCGCCUGUCCUGGUGCCCACCCAGGACCCGGGCCCCAUGCCCCCCUCUCCCAUCCUGGGGCAAAAGCCACUGCAGUUGCUGGAGAUCAAGGCCAGGGGGCGCUUCGGCUGCGUGUGGAAGGCUCAGCUGCUCAGUGAUUACGUGGCGGUCAAAAUCUUCCCCAUUCAGGACAAGCAGUCAUGGCAAAAUGAGUACGAGAUCUACAACCUGAGCGGAAUGAGACACGAGAACCUGCUCCAGUUCAUCGGUGCCGAGAAGAGAGGCAAUAACAUGGACAUUGAGUUGUGGCUAAUCACUGCCUACCACGAGAAGGGGUCACUGACGGACUACUUAAAGGCCAACGUGGUGUCAUGGAAUGAGCUAUGUCACAUAGCCCAGACCAUGGCACGAGGCCUGGCCUACCUCCACGAGGACAUCCCUGGCCUAAAGGAUGGACACAAGCCUGCCAUUUCUCACAGGGACAUUAAAAGCAAGAACAUCCUGCUGAAGUCCAACCUAACUGCCUGCAUUGCUGACUUUGGCCUGGCGCUGAGGUUUGAGGCUGGUAAAUCUGCUGGAGAAACUCAUGGACAGGUGGGGACCAGGAGGUACAUGGCCCCUGAGGUGCUGGAAGGGGCCAUUAAUUUCCAGCGGGAUGCCUUCCUCAGGAUAGACAUGUACGCCCUGGGCCUGGUGCUGUGGGAGAUGGCCUCGCGCUGCAAGGCCGCUGAUGGUCCAGUAGAUGAGUAUAUGCUACCAUUUGAGGAGGAGGUGGGCCAACAUCCUUCCCUCGAAGACAUGCAGGAGGUGGUGGUCCACAAGAAGUUACGGCCCACGCUCAGGGAGUGCUGGCAGAAACACACGGGCCUGGCAAUGCUGUGUGAGACCAUCGAGGAGUGCUGGGACCACGAGGCGGAGGCGCGGCUGUCGGCGGGCUGCGUGGAGGAGCGCGUGGUGCAGAUGCAGCGGCAGACCAACGUCACGGCGCCCGAGGAGAUCGUCACAGUAGUCACCAUGGUCACCAAUGUGGACUACCCCCCCAAAGAAUCCAGCCUAUGACUAGACUAAGAACCAGUCAGGACUGCUGAGCAGGUGGACGCACACCUACAGACUCACUCCCAGAGCGAGAGAGCCGAGACUGUAUUCUGUUUUUUUUUUUGUUUUUUUGUUUUUUUCCCUUUUUCGUUUCUUUUAAUUAACCGCGUCCGGCACUGAUUGUACACAAAAGUAUUGCAGCGAAUCAACCGGGGGCCCAACGGGCUGAAACCUCCUUCCCUUUGGUCCCUGUAGCAUGUGGCUACAUGUAUGCCUGCAGACUAACGGCUAGUUCCUUGUUAAACGCAGGAGCGGGAUGGAGGAGAAACUCAAUCAUGCCGAGGCCUCCUCCAGGGUGACCACUGCUGAUCAAGCACCCUGACAAUGGACAAUGUCAUUUAAAGGUUGCCCCUUAGGCUGAUAGUUUUCUUCUCUUUUUUUUUUUCUUCCUCAUUUUAGCCAAAAGGAAAAAAAACCUUUCCUGGACAGACUUCGUGUCGUGGAGAAAAAGGAUCCUUCAUAAACAUUUCAUUUCAGUAUAAAAAAAAAAGGGCAACUUGGUUUUUAGACACAUUGCUGUUUUUUUGUGUUUCUAUGAAUGACUAUGUAAUGCCAAUAAGAAACAGCUUCUGAA